UUGAGGGCCUUCUAGAUAUGGGUGCGUUCGAGCGUUCUACUCGUGUUAACACGAGUAUACUCCUGAGCGCCCGAACGGCAGGAGUACGACCCGCGGGUCAGCAAGAGUAUACUCUCAAUCUUCUCCGGCUGGCCAGCUUCUCCGGGUGGAUUUGGCGGAUAAUUGAGCACGUUACAGUGCACGUUACACAGCACGUUACAUGAGCACUAUUCAUGCUCAUGAGUCCGCUGUGCUAACUUUUAUUCAGGCUGUGUUGUUGUUGUUGUCGUCGUAAAGUCUACCGGUCCAUACAGACAUUGAGGGACACCCAAGAAUGCGUUAUAUUGCAAGCAUUCUAAAGUUGUGUCCCCAUCGUCAUUGCGUGUGCGUUGAGGAAAAAAUUAAGAAGCGUUGUUCCUUGCUCGGUCGUGGUCCAUCACAUGCAUGUCCAAUUUGCAACCACGUUCAACCACGGUUUGAAAUAAAUGAUUGAAGAAGUUUCUUUCCUUGAAGGAUGGCCUGGCAUUUCCACUCAUCCUGUCAUGGCAGUAAUAUUUCUGUCAGAUCAACAGCUUUAACUGUCAUCCGUAAUCCUGACACUUAUGACAAUGGCAUCACCUUCAGUGACACCCAGAUCCAUGCUGGUACAGUGGUUUCCUUGUUCUUCAAGAAAAGCACCAACCGAUGGGCAGGCAUGCCUCGCAUUGGCUUCACCAACCAAAAUCCAGCCCAAGUAGACACUCAGUCACUUCCUUCCAUCUAUACCAAGGAGGUUUCAUACCAGAGCCAUACUUGGGCCAUGUCACUUGAAAAGGGGAGUGAAAACAUCUUCGUAGAUUACACCUUUGAUGAGAUUGGACUUGUUACCGUUAGACAGCUAGGAUGGCCAGAAAAAUUACAAGACACUCGAGGGGCAGUUAAUUUCAAGAGACCAGUGUGGGCUACAGUGGACUUGUCUGGCUGUUACACAUGUGUUAUGAAGAAUGAGCCUAGUGCCUACAUGCCCCUAGAAAUUGUAGAACAAGGGGUGAAUGCUCAGCACUUGUAUAUUGAGGCAUUGUCUAUGGGCAGCAGGAGUGUAUACCAUACUAGGCUGGUGCUGAUUGGCCAAGGAAGGGAGGAGAAGACUUGUCUGAUGAAAACAUUGACCAAUGACAGAUAUAACACCUUGGAAAGCUGUGGUGGUGGCAUAGAUAACUCACUCACAGUGAAAAUCGAUGGGACAAAAUCUUGGCAUGAUUUCCGGGAAGCCAUAGAGCAAGGGCAAGCAGGUACUAGGUUGCAUGCUGGUGUAGGGGAUUCUGUUGACGAUGUCUUCCUCAAUAUCUGGCAUUUUGCUGGACAGGAUCUCCAUGGCCCUACAAACCAGGUAUUGUUUACUCAUCGUGCUGUUUACCUCCUGGUUUUCAAUCUUGGCUGUGAUCUGCACAAACCAGCAGUAAUUGAAAGCGUUGGACCUGAUGGGAGGAAAGUAGUUGAGCAUCAUGAGCUGACCAACUGGGAGUGUAUGGAUCUGUGGAUGCAAACUAUGUACAUGUAUGUCAACACUGGCAAACAGUCAUUGGUAGCAACAGAGAGAACAUCUCCUGCAAUUAUCAUAGUUGGGACUCAUAGAGAUAGCUUGGGCAAAGAUACAGAAGAAAAGGUCAAGGCCCAGUUUGCUAACAUCAGAGAGGCACUCCAAGAUGCACCAUACAAGCAGCAUGUAAUAAGUCAGGAUUUUGCUGUAGAAAACAGCCUUGAAGACUGCAGUCAAGCUGAGAUUUUAGCCCUAAAGACAUUGAUAGCUGAAGUAAGCUGUUCUGAGUAUUACAUGGGAGAGGAGAUCCCACUGAAGUGGCUGCAGUUUGAAGAGGCCAGACUGCACAGUUCUCCCAUCAUGUCUGUAGCAAUGGUCAGGCAGACUAUUGAGAAGUCCAUUGGAAACAUGGCUGAUGCUGAGGCUAUGUUGAUGCUGAAAUACUACCAUGACAUUGGUGAGAUCAUCUGCUUUGAUGGACAGAAGGAUAGCCCACUCAGCCAGGAUCCCAGUGAAGCUUUCCUUGCCGAUCGCCGUUGGUUGAUCAAGGUGUUUCAAAAGUUUGCAACCGUUCAUGAAGCGAAAGAUCAAUCUUCAUCGCUAAUGAGUUCACUGGAAAGACUGAAUAAGGAAGGGAUUCUUGAAGACCCUUUGAUCAACCACUUGUUGGGAGAUGUGCUGAGUGAGAUCCAGGAGCGGCCUAUUGACAGCACAUUGGACACAAAGCAAGCUUUAUUGGGCAGCAUGCACAAGUUGGACCUGCUGUGCGAGCGAUUGGAUCAGAACGCAGGAGGAGAUGAGUGGAUGGAAACCAAUGCACAGGUUACCACUCAGCGAACCUACUAUGUUCCCAGUUUACUUGGCAAAUAUUCCAUCACCAAAAGGAAUCCACUGAGUCCAGAGUCAUCUUACAUCUUCUAUAUUCACUUUGUGCACAUUGUACCUGAUAGUUUGUUCAAUCAGCUUGUGGUGCGUGCAUUGGUGUGGUCACAGGCACAAGACGGAACAGAGCAAUUGCCAAGAAUUGCACAUAGAUAUGCCCGUUUCCCUGCUGAUGGCGACCAUGAAGUUGAGAUGGAAAUGUCACCAUUGAAACAGGCCUAUAUCAGAGUGUGUAUAUCAAAGCAUUCUGUGAUAUAUACAUCUACACAAGGUCCUUCAAAAUCCAGAAGAUUACAGUGCAAACCAUCACCCAUCAUAGUGUGUAAGGUCAGGGAUUUUCUCUGUGUUACACUCAAGUCAAUCAAGUCCAUGUGGGCCAAGGGGCUCAAGUUUCACUUGUGCGUAUCAUGCCCCUGUGAUCCAGAGGGUGCUCUACACUUUCUGCUGCUUGAUGAAUGCCUGGAGAAAGAACGCGUAUGUUGCCAUGAACAACCUGGUGUAAGGAUUGACACUAGUGGCAUCAAACAGAUGUUUGUUGAAUCAGGUCAAUCGUCACUACGGAAACUUGAUCCCUAUGUGAUGAGUGAGAAACACCUGCUAGCCAUUGCAGCUGAGCUGGGUCCUGAGUGGGAACGCCUUGCAGUCAGUCUGGGCUUCACUCAGUCUAACCUGUACAGGUUCAAACAAGACAACAGUGUAACAGACAAUGCUAUCUUUAGCAUGUUGGUUGCAUGGUCAAAGAGGGAAGGAGGUGAUAUAGAGAGAAAACUACAAGUGCUUAGUGAAGCUAUAGAUGAAUGUGGACGUAGAGAUGUGGUUGAAAAAAUGCUGCAUAUUUAUAUGUAGGCAAUUGAUAACCAUAAGAAAAACCUAGAUUGCCCAGUGAUUAACCUCUGAUAAUCUUACGUGCUAAAUAAGUACAAUAUAUGCUAUAGCACACUGAGUAUACAGUGUUUAUAUGUUGGUGAAGGGCAAAACCUAAUAUUGAUUUACAUCACCCGACGCAAAUUUCUUCUCAUUGUAGUUUAAUUGUGGUACCCCCUGCUACAUGUACAUCAGAUUCAAACCAGCCAGCCGAUCCUGGCAAACUCGGUGGUCGGGUGGUGGGACGUCUGCACUAGAAAGCAGGAGGUCAUGGGUUUGAGUUCCACCCGAGUGAUUUUUUCCAACUUUUGCUCGGGAGGUAACACACUGAGUAUACAUACAGUGUUUAUACGUCUUUGAAGGGCAAAACCUAAUAUUGGACAUGGUGAACUCAGAAAACGCCAACAUUUUUUUCACCAAUGGUAUAAGCUGCUUGUAGAAUGCAUGAUGUAACUGUAUUGCUAGCUUUGAACAAUGUAUUUAAUGUUUGAAAAUUAAAACUUGCAGGAGCAGAUCCUGGAAUUUUUAAGGGGGGGGGGGGGUUUCAUUAUGUUUUAUGAAUUUCUAUGAAAAAAAAUUCCAUCAGAGCUUCUUCUUUUGUAAACUUGCUUUUUUUCCAACAAAUAUGUUCAUCACUUUUUCAUUUGUUUCUUCACUGUUUUUUUCUCUUUCUUCACAAUGUAUCCAGCAAACAAAACAAAGUUUCCUUUUAUGUGCUUUUUUUUCUGCAAAGAAUCAUAACGGUCGUGGCAUUGAAAAUCUUUUAAAACAUUUGGAUUCAGGCCUGUGUUGGAUUCAGGCCUGUGUUGGAUUCAGGCCUGUGUUGGAUUCAG